CGGUGUCCUCGCAGCAUGGGCUCUGGCCGGACGCUGAAGUUAGCGGUGUGCGAGGCGCUUCAGUUCGCCGGUCUCUGCGUGCCGCUUUUCGUGGUCAUGCAGCGCUUUGCCACCAUCGUGGCCAAGGUUCAAGGCGGGGGCGCCAUUGGCGGGGUCUACUGGCUCAUCGUGGCCUUGUCGGUAGCCUACGUGACAUCGAUUGCUCUCCUAAUUUGGGUCCCUUUAAAGUAUUUAGUGUUUGCUAAGAAGAGUUUUCUGGUCGGGAGGAAGAAGUGGAGGCCCGUCGCCCUUGUUUUUGUGAUCCUCUCCACAAUGCCGUGCUUCGCUUUCCUCAUCGCUAGCUCCGAGAUCCAGAUCCACAACAAACUCCGUCACGACACGUUCGCCGAGUUGCCCGUGUCGCUUAUCCUUUUCUCUCUUAUCUGCAUGGACGUGGUGGAAAGGAUACGCCACUGCAGGUUGACGGGACAGGAUAACGUGAUGUCAAGAGAUCCUGACAUCCCUUCUUCGGUGUUGACACACGUGGAGCAGGUCACCCCCCUCACUCCUGUUGUUCCAGGAUCUAGAAUAGCCGGUCCGGGCAUACCUGGGCAAGUUAUGGGUUCCCCCGCAGUGGGGACAACAGGUCACCGAGUGGUUGACAGAACCCAUAGUGGUCCCAACCUUAGACUGGAACCCAAUGGCAAUGUUUCGAGAAUACCCGGAAAUGUCGGAAGAGAAUUUAUCAUCUCUGAAGCAGCUACCCGUGCGGCGCACCCGCACUCCGGCCCACUCCGGUUCCUGUGGGCUAGCGACGCCCGUGCCGACGUUAUCGUAGAUGGCUUCAUGUUCUGGAUGGACACGGCGGAAAUGACACGAGUGGCGUCCCAUCCACUAGUCUGCUACUCGGGCUGGGUGUGCCCCAUUUACGUCUUCUGCUGCCUGUCCUUACUCCGGGUGGCGGUUGCGCCUCACGACCCGUUGCUGUCCUCGCUGGGGGUCAUCCUCCAGGAUCUUCCCUUCCUUUUCGUGCGAGUCGGUUUGCUAGCUUUCUUCGGUUUGGUCACGCCACUGCUCUACUUGCUCAAGAAUCUGCUGGUGUGCUUGGCUUUCAUCUACUUUAACUUCAUGACCAAGCUUAGGAUCUUCAAUACACAGAGGAUGUACUUGUAAAUCACAAAAACGUGACGAUUGUAAUGGUAUUUAUAGUCAUGUAGCAUAGAGCGAUUAACUCGUCAAUGGCAGCCAAUGAGUUCAUUGUGAAGUUGUAGUUUUUCAAGGUGCGCCUUGAAUCUUUACCCAGCCUUGCUAGUCAUUUGACUGCUCACAUGCAUUGAUGGCUACUGCUGUUUUGGUUAGCAACAAGUUCAUCUAUGGAUUUAAAACAUUGCAAUUAGUUUAAAGCUAUUCUUCCUGGCUUUCCCUUUCCCUUUGUAAUAUAUUUCUACUAAAACGUGAAUACUCCUGAACCAACUUGAUUGAUUUAGUUUGAAUUCAAACCCCAUUUGUAACUUGAAUGCUCACAUUUUAGGGCACUCCCCCACUUAGGAAGCAGGAUGUCCUCCUAUGCAUUUUUUUCAUAUGA